UGCUUCAGUGAAGGAGCACUUUGAUGACUAAUCACAUGAAGUACUUUGAAUUUUCUUUCUUUUUCAACUUGAAUGAAAGUGGAGGCAUCGAGUUUGCCCAGCUUUGUCGCACACACUGGUGACGUACUUGAUAUUUUUCAUACCAUGGCAAGAGGUCAGCAAAAGAUUCAAUCUCAACAGAAAAAUGCUGAGAAAAGAGCUAAGUCAAAGAAAGGCACAAGUCAAAUAAAGUCAGCAGGGGCUGCACUUGUUCACAGUUGCCCAGUGUGCAAGUCACAGAUGCCAGACCCAAAAACCUACAAACAGCAUUUUGAAAGCAAACAUCCAAAAGUUGAUCUUCCUGAAGAACUCAAGUCAGUUUGAGGAAAAAGAAGGAAGAUUAUGAAGCAACUGGAGAAAGAGAAAAUGAAGACUGUCUUUCUUUUGCUUGGUUAUCUAAAAGUCAAUACUGUGAACAAAUUGAUAAUUUAUGACCUUAUGAACAAGAAACAUUUAACUCUUGUGUUGAACAUGAGCUUGGAAGUACCACCUCGGUUUAACAAAAGUUACUUGCUUGGUUAAAAACCCUUAAGGAAAGCUUUCUUCUUUUAUAUUCAGCCAAUAAAAAAAAGAAUAACAAGCUUCACCUGUCCCAAUGCAAAGUCAUUGAAAAGCAAAAUGCCAAACUGUGUUUACUGGAUCUCCAUUUGCAGGAUGGUACUGUUUCUAAAUCAAUGAUGAAUUAAAUUGAGGAAUUGUGUACCUGUGAGACAGCCUCAAUAAAUAAAUGAAUUUAAUAUCACUCUUAAAACAUUGAUCAUCAACUUUUUGUUCUCCACCUCUUUUUGAAAUUUUUGCUGCAAUUAAAUGUGCCAUAUGAAGCCUUUAUAAAUUCCACUGCUUGAUCCAGAGGCUCUCAGUGCCCCUACACAUUCUUUUAGCUUCAUUUUUCAAAACCUGUUCUCUCUUCUGUCUUACUUUUUGCAAACUGGAUUGAAUGAGGAAAUUAUAAUAAGCAAAAUGUUUUUUCAUAGCUGCAAUGUUACUUGGGGACAAUUGUCACCCUGUGAUCAACAAAUAUCAUCCUUAAGAAUAAUAUCUUCCCUUAGAAAAAGUCACAUAAUGUGUAAGGCAAUGCUAGGAAUCAUAUUUUUGUUGCAGAUGUUAUUUCAUGGCUGUGUUUGCUAGUU